CGAAACACCACGGAGAUUUCCGGGAACCACACAACCCUCCUCUGCUCUCCCGACCCCCCUGCCGAUUUCAUCCCCAAUCCUGCGCGAGACGGCAGCAAUUCGACCCUGAGAUAAUCCUAACAAUCCUCGCAAGCAAUCCAAUCGGAGCAGCCUCGAGAGAGAGGCUAUCCGAUUCGAUCCGGUCUCGCGCGCGGAGGAGGAGGAGGGACCGAUGAAGAAGAUCUUCGGCGCCAAGAAGAGCCAGGACCCGCCGCCGUCCAUCCAGGACGCCACCGACCGGAUAUACAAGCGGGGGGACACGGUGGACGAGAAGAUCAAGAAGCUGGACGCGGAGCUGGCGCGCUACAAGGAGCAGAUCAAGAAGACCAGGCCGGGACCCGCGCAGGAGGCCGUCAAGGCGCGCGCCAUGAGGAUCCUCAAGCAGCGCAAGAUGUAUGAAGGUCAACGUGACAUGCUGUACAACCAAACUUAUAAUCUUGACCAAGUUGCUUUCGCAUCAGAGGGAAUUAAAGAUGCUCAACAAACUAUGACUGCAAUGAAGGCUGCCAAUAAAGAGCUGAAAGGGAUGAUGAAGACUGUCAGGAUUGAAGAUGUAGAUAGCAUGCAAGACGAGAUGAUGGAUCUUAUGGAUGUGAGCAAUGAAAUACAAGAAACUCUUGGCAGAAGCUACAAUGUCCCAGAUGACAUCGAUGAGGAGGAACUUAUGGGCGAGCUUGAUGCUUUGGAAGCCGAUAUGGACUUUGAAUCGAAUUCAGUCCCAUCGUACCUCCAACCAGACAAGGAGACUGAUCUUGAUUCUGAGCUUAACUUACCUGCUGCACCAAGUGGUCAUGCAGCAAUCCCGGCGAACCGGCAGCAGGAGGAUGAACUGGGACUGCCUACCGUGCCGCACGCAUCAAUUCGUACCUGAAUGAAAGUAACAAAAAAGCUAUGGUGUAGGUUUUGAUCUCGUUGUAAAUGGUCGGCACUUUGUUUAUGCAUGGACAAAUUCAUUGUAUCUUGCAUCAUAUACCACUGCAAUUUGUUGAACGAUGGAAUGUCUCUUUCCCUUUGUGCUGGAACAAUAGUGUGUGAUAAAGGGAGUGUUCUCUAUACGGUUGUACAUCCUGUUGUUAGUAUGUCUCUGCUGAGUUGAAUUGGUAUCUGAUUCUCUGAUAAUGAAGUUAUGGGACAUUGCUAGCUCU